AUAUUGAAAUCGAGAGAGAUCGGGCCAUGUGAGUUAUUCGAGCUUCGAGGCCUACGAAAAUGGCGACUUGGGAAGCUCUGGACGUGGAUGAUUCAGACCUUCAAACCUUAUUUCGACCCAAAAAUCAAGUCAUGGACUCUUCUCAGAUACCCAACUUCACUUCUCAAAGAGAUCCAAUUUUCUCUCUUUCAAGUUCCAUGCCACCUCUCGUACCCUGCUCUAAUUCAAACCAGUCCAGGAUUCCAUUAUCUGAGAAUUCCCAAAUCACAAGAAAUGAAGAGUUAGAUGUUUUUUCUGAGAAAACUAGGGUCUCGCAGAGUUCAGUCAGGGUUUCGAGUGCAACUCCUGGACCCUCCUUUCAAGUUGCUUCUUUAUUUGAAAAUGAGCAGUGUGAUAGAAAUUCACAAAGCAAUUUAAAUGUUUCAGUCAAAGAAAUUAGGGCUCCUCUGAGUUCAAGUGGGGUUUCUGGGCCGAUUCAUGGAAGUUACAGGAUUGCUGCUUCUUUGUCCCAAAAUGACCAAUAUCAGAGUAAUUCACAGGACAAUUUCGAUGACCCUGUUGAAGAAAUUAGGGUUUUUCGAGGUUCAAAUAGGCUUUCUCGUCCAAUUCCCGGACCAGCUGGGGCUAUUCAAUCGGCUAUGCAUGACAACAAUUUUAGAAGUGAUAAUGUUUCUUUUACUGGUUCUCAAUGUGGAAAUGGGAGAUCUUUAGGUAUUUCUGUUGGAGAUGAUAUUGAUUUCCAGAGGAAUUCUUGGCUAUGUGCUAUGGAUUUUAUCAGAAGAGAAAAUGGGUGCACAGGGAUGGAUGGAUUUGAUUUGAGGUCAACUAUAAGCUCCAUCGAGAUGCGACGGAACAUCGAUCGUGUGCCCCAGGUUGUGGGUAUCAUCAAAUCUUGCAAAUCGAAUGGCUUUGGGGAUAUGAUUGUUACUCUAAAGGAUCCAACGGGGACAAUAGUUGGUUGCAUCCAUCACAAAGUUCUUACAAACGAUGAAGCCAGAUGGGAUAUAUCAGUUGGAUCUGUUGUAAUCCUCAACCAGGUCGUGGUCUUCUCUCCUGCUCGAGCCACACAUUAUUUGAACAUAACAUUGAACAAUGUGAAGAAGGUCUUCAGUAAAGAAAGUGAGCCACCUCCCAAACAAGCAGCUCCUGCCUAUGCAGUCAGAUGCACAACCUCAGCUGCACCAGCUGUGCAAACCGUAGUAGCAGAGACGUCAAGAGAGAUGAGAGACAAAUCAUGGACACCAAACCAAGGUCAAGUGAACAAUCGAGCUGACCUUCACUGUCCAACCAUGGAAACUGAAGCAACAGAGACUUCAAGAGUAAGGGGAGAGAAUUUAUGCACAGCAGGUCACAAGACUGAUCAAGCUGAAUGUCACUCUCCAAACCCCAUCAAGUCUCCACAAAGAAGUCAUGUAAAUGCAGUCGAAGCCCCUAAUCAGAGAUGCACCUUUGCUAGGCUUGAUAAUACGAUAUCAGCCAGGACUGAGCAUGGAGUGACUGGGAAGUCUGUAACAAACUUUUCAGUGGCAAAUUGGACUGAUGAGCAGAUUGAUGAGCUUCUGGCUGAUUGUGAAGACAUGUUAUUUUGAUCAAUGUGAUUACCUUUCAUAGCUUUGAUCAUUUUUAUGGCUUG